AUGAUUCAAAAUACUACUGCAAAAGAUGAAACAGCAGAAAAUAAUUAUGAUGAUACUGGUGCUAUGAUAUAUAUUAUAAUUGUUCUUCUUUGGUAUUCAGUUGGCAUUAUAUUUAUGUUAGGAAUGCAAAUGAAAGCACGCUCGGAAAUAAUUGAAGAAUCAGCAAGACGUCGAACAAAAUUACUUAUUCGAAAUUUACGAGAUCAUACAAAUACUAAGGAAAUACUAGAAGAAUUAGUUGAUAAACAAAAACGAGCUCGACUUUGGGAAAUUUAUUUGGGUACAAAAGAUCAUACAAGAGAUAAAUUAAGUGCUGAAACAGCCCGUAUUCGUAAUAUUGAAAAACGAUUAGCAAGUAUUAAAGGUGAUCAUCGUUUAACAAAUGAGACAUUGUUUCCAUCAGGAAAAGGAAAGCUCUAUCUUCGUAGUCGUUCAGAUUCUCGACAAAUGACUGCACAAUUAUCAGUUAUCGAAGAACCAUCAACACUUCGACGUCGUUCAUCAUUUGACCAACAAACACUUGAACGAUGGAAAGCUCUCGCUAAUCAAUCGAAAACACAUGAACAAAUGCCGUGGACUAUACGUAAAUUAAUGAUUCGAAGAUAUUUUCGACGUCUUACAAAAAGACCUUUACCAAUAAUACGUCAAGAUUCUUCUAUAACUAAUCCAAUAACAGAUGAUUUAUUAUCAUUUACAAAUCAGAUUAAUAUUCUUACACAACAUCAUUCAGAACUAAAUCUUGAUGAACUAUCAACAUGUGAUGAAAGACAAAAUCCUUAUUUAACUUAUUUUUUUAAACCAACAAGUCGUCCAAGUAUAUUAACAUCACGACUUUUCCCUACAUUAUCUGAACAUUAA